UUUGUAAAUGUCCCAUCGCGGGUUCCGUACUAAUAGCAGGACGUGUAUUUAUUUAUUUAUGGUAUUUAUAGUGGAGAGUUGACGGCAAACUAGGAAAUGUGAACACUUUGUUGUGACUCUUGACAAUUUCUAACAUUAGAAAUGGCAGAGUUACGUUUGGAUGUAGACAGUCAUCUACAAUAUGGGCUAUUUGACAGCGAUUUAGCCGAUAUUUGCAUUGAUCAUGAUGGCGAAUGGGACAUCAACCUGUUUAAAGAACUUGAAAACCUAAAUGAUGCAGAAGAAUUGCUUCAAGAAUUUGAGUUCACACCACCUAAUGAAACAACACUGCAACAAGAGGUGAAUGACAUUAAUCUGUUACAAUGGAGAUCCUUCGCCAGUGGAGAUACUGACGGUUGCUGCGCAGAUGUAGGAGUGCCUGGGUCCUCCCUAUCAUCUGGAUCUGCGGUUAGUGAUUCCUCCUCACUGUCACCACUAUCCCUGAAACAGGAAGAUGAUGUGUCUAUGCAGCCUUUACCGACUAUGUUGUCUCCUGAAAAGAAAAUACACAAGCGAGUCAGCCCAUCUCCCAGAGCCAAGCGACCCACCCACCCAAACCAGAGGGUGUCCAUUCAGCCCAAACUUCCCCCCUCUGUCCUCCUCACCCAACCCUUGGCCCCUCUUCUCAAAACCAGGACCAUUGUCAUCCAGCCCGUUGACCUGCAGACUGUGGUCUCAGUGAUCAAGGAUCCACCGCACGUGACUGUGCAUGCUACUGUACCCCCUACUGCAGCAGUUCCCACGAUGCAUCUCCAGCCGAGACUGUUGAUUGGACCCCAGAUCGCUUCCCCAGCCCCUCCCCUUCUCGCUGUCACCAACCAGGUGUUCACCAUGCCAAUUGUACCCCAUCAUGUUACCAUGGAGACCACUGCUGUUUCUGGCCCCACCCAUCCCAUGGCAAUGACCUAUCACAACACAGCUGUGGACACUGAGGUGUGUGUGGAGCGGCGGCAGCAAAGGAUGGUGAAGAACCGUGAGUCGGCCACGCUGUCUAGGCUGAGGAGGAAGGAGGCGCUGCAGGCCCUGGAGGCCCGUCUCAGGGGGGCGUUGUGUGAGAACCAGAGGCUGCUCGUGGAAAACGGAUCCCUCAGAACCCAGCUGGACGGACUGCUCACUGAGAACACUGUGCUGAAGGUGACUGCUCCAAAGAGGCGGGCUGUGUGUCUCAUGGUCAUCCUGGUGUUCUUCGUGCUCAACACUGGUCCCCUGAGUGUGUGGGAGUCAGAGCCCAGCAGCUCCAGUCUGUCCAUGGGGACGCCACAAAGCAGCCGACAUCUGCUCAGCUUCUCCCCCGACCAACAACAGAGGAGAGGGGAGGAAACACCAGCCCCCCAGUCCCCAUUGGAGCCGAUGGAUGCCCAGUACCCACAAUCCCACCAAUCCCAGGACAGAUGCCCGUUUAGAACUGAUGAACACCUGGGACAUCCAGAAUGGGAGGACUAUGCUCCAGAGGAGAUGGCUUCCCACUCUCCUGUCUCCAGGACCAAGUCCCUCCGUCUGGCUCAGAACCUGAGAGGCUGGGUUCAUCGACACGAAGAGGAGAGGACCAAGUCCACACGUUCUACCACCAAUCAAUCCAGACAUACAACAACUGAACAGCACACAACCAAAACUGUCCUGAAGUCACCUGAGAGGCCUCAGACGACCCAGUCCAGUAACCAGGUGGUAACAGUCAGCUACUCUGACAGACCAGGAAGUGAGGUUCUGGUGUACUACUCACACCAUCAAAGCUACAGCGACUUCUUCGAUGAGUUAAAUCGACGAGGCGAUACUUUCUAUAUGGUGUCCUUUCGCCGGGAUCACCUUCUGCUCCCUGCGACCAACCACAGCAAAGGGAGAAGGCCUAAGAUGUCCUUAGUGUUACCAGCUGUUAAUGUGAAUGACUCUGUCAUCAAGGACGACAAAUUUGAAGUGAUGAUGCAGAUUGACUGUGAGGUCAUGGACACCAAGAUCCUCCACAUCAAAACCUCCAGCAUCCCAGAGUUCCUACGUGCCAACACCACUGACUUCCAGGCUGCAGCAUCGGUUGGUGUUCUAUCAGACUCUGCCUGAAUAUCACUUCAACCAGAAUACCUGCCAAUCUGAAAGGCUAUAAUUUAGCCAACAUUUUGAUAUAUUGAUAAACUGUGACAAUAAAUGUAGCUCUGUAUCCUCUCUGGAAAUGUUCUGCAUCAAUUUCGCACAUCCUCUGUCUUCCACAUUUCACAAGUCCUUGUACCUCCGAUGUUAUAAAUCUAUCAAGAUUUAUAAAGAAGUUGUCCAGCAACUGUUUGCCUCCAUAUUGCUUGGUUUAGAGCAUCUGGUUUAUGUUAAAUUGACAGGCUGCCAAUGCAGGCAUCUAGGUCAUUUGUUAGAAUAAAUAUGGGACUUAAUGUUGAACCCUGUGUAACCCCUUAAAAAAAUUCCUUCACUGUCUUGACCCUACUACAGCUAUUGCGCUCUUUUAAUUGAGCCAUAAUUUUACCAAAUGUAACCUAAUACCUUUAUACAAAACAGUAAUUGAUUCUGGACCCUAUUGAUGGAACCAAGCCACGUUAACAAGAUCCUUUUCACAUAUAUUAAAGUUGUUAAUAGACAUAUCUGGUGGAGUUAUGAUUCUUACUUUUUAUGAAGCCAUGUUGAGUGAACAAAAUGACUUACUAAAAUCCCAAACAAUGUAAGCAAUACAUUUACAUUUUUGUCAUUUAGAUGUUCUUAUCCAGAUCAACGUACAGUUUGUGUAUUCAUCUUAAGAUAGCUAGGUGGGACAACCACAUAUCAGAGACAUAGUAAGUAUGCUUUCCUCAGUAGUUAUCAGGAAAGUCAGAGCUAGAAAGGGGUGGGGGGUCAAGUGCAAGUGUGGUUCAGUUGAAUUAAUAUUAUUUUUGUGCAGUAGCAGUAUCACACAAACAUGAUGUAAGGUAUGUUAUUUUUGUGCAGUAGCAGUAUCACACAAACAUGAUGUAAGGUAUGAUGUGGCCAUUAUUUUCAGAAAAGUGUACAUUUUGGGUGUAAAAAUGAAUUUGUUUUGUUUGAGUUUGUCAUGGUUUUCAGAGUUUUUCAGAAAUAAAACCAUGGACAGUAACAUGUUCUAAUACUGA